GUAGAUGUGUUGUCUCUCUAGUCCGGGAACAAGCAGUGUUGUGAACGGUUCACGUGCCGGAUUUUUUCUCGGUUCCUUCCUGUUGUGGGUGGAUUUUUUUUUCGCUGGCUAAAGAAGUAGGCUUUGGAAAAGCUACAGUGAAAGUGUAUUGUUGUUGUGUUGUUUUCUCGCGAUAGAGAAAAGGUGGAGCAGUUGUGUUGUGCUUGAAAAAUCCAUGUGAAUGGCUGAAGACGGGUGGGUGCCGCCGUGUCGUUGUUGAGCAAAUGGGUCUUCUGCCAUGGUAGUUGGGUUGAAGCGAGAGUGUGAGAGAGCGAGAUUGGUGUUGUUGUUGCUUAGGGGAGGCUGGGAUUUGGGGCCACCGUUUAGAUUUUGGAAUACAUGAAGGAUUGGGUUGAGGAGCAGCAAGAGCCGCAGCAGUAUCAGAAAUCGUCGGUGGGCGGUUUCCCAUGAAUCAAGAUGCGAAUAAAACAUGAAUGGUUGAUUUGUAAAGAACAACAUUCUCGCGAAUGUGUCCCGACAUACUCGGCAGCUGAGCUGAGGUUAUGUAAUAAGUGAUUGUGUCUCCCAGGAUGAAAAGCAAUUUAUGGGGCGCCCAAUGAAGUUGAUACUGUUGGCGAAAACUGGAGACGAGUCUUCUGCAGCAGUGAUAAAUUAAUAGGACGAACUGAUGAUGGAUGCUUGUCAUCUAUUGUGUGCUGUCUGUCGCCGUUACUUCAAAGCUAUGAUGGAGAAAAUCGAUUCGGGUGGCCCGAGACUGGUGUUUGCUCAGAUAUGAGUCUAGUAUCGAAACGUCGGCGUCGUAAAAAGAAACCCGUAGAAUACUCGUUAGUGCUCAUAAUCCUUUCCAUCGAUGGAAGUUCUAUGUAAGCUCAUUGUCCGUCGUCCCUCGACCCUCGAUUACUUCCCCAAAUCGUCCACAGAUCAAAUAGUUUGCUUUGAAGCCUGAAUGAAGGAAUACUCUUUUCUCAUCAGUAGUGCUCGGAAAAACGAACCACCCAGCAUCCGAAUCUCGUAACUCACUCACUGUUUGAAACACAAGAACGAGAGUCGAUUUGGUCCUACGUUGGGCUCCACUUUUCUCUCAGAUACACCCCAUCGGUGUUUGUGCUACCAAAAACAGAAUACUACCGCUCGAGAAGGCUUCUCGAAAUACACAUAUAGUAAAUUUGUUCAUGUGAUCAGAAAACUGCAUUCUGUCGACGACCCCAGGAAACGGAAAGCCCUUCAAAGAAACAAAAGAAAAAACAUAGCAAAAGUGAGAGCGAAAACGGAUAACUGACUGGCCGCCAGCCAGCAACCAUUUACUGUCGAUGAAAAUUUAACGAAUCUAAAAUGUGAGUGAAUAAGUACGGCCAAUGGGCCGAAAACCAGCCAAAACAAAAAGUUAAAAAAGGAAUUAAAAUUAAAUAUUCACACAGCCGGUGAAAUCUGUCCCCAGGGAGGCACCAGUGAACAGCAGUUCUCCGACACACGAGCGUGUGACCAGUCGGAUCAGUCAACAUCGUUUCGAAAGCCUUUAUAUAAACUUUCGAGCCACCCCCAACCCCAAGUUUCAAGUUAAAAAAAGGAAGCAUCCAGGAAGUGUUCCGAUAAAUCUGUACGGUAAAUAUUAAUCUGAGCCCAACCAACGCAACGGUUUUGGGCCAACAACAGCAACCAGCCGCCAAACGUUCAAAGAGGAUUAACUUUCCGAUGUGUUGUCUUUGUUAUCAUUGUUGUUGCGCAUCGUGCACGUGAUUCAAUUGUGUUUGAAGGAUCGUCGGCUUCCACCCUCACCUACUUCAACAAAUCGAGGGCUACCUACUCUUCAUCUGCGCUCUUCAAAGAAGAGGCGAAUCGAAGCGAAGCGUAAUAGAAAACGAUCAAGGAAACGAUUGGAAUAAUAGCGUGGGUUGCAGCCAUUGAAGCGCGGGAAAAAAAAUCCUAACCAUCGCAUCCGCCGACCGAGUCGAGAGUCCAUCUCGAGCAACGAGAUUUCUUCAAAAGGAUUGUGAACAGUGUCAGUCACGUGAUAGAUCUGUUCCACUAGUGGGGCCAUCAGUGGGGGAAACAGAAAAAAAGGUCAACGGGGGAAAUUGAAGAAGGAUAGUAGUUAAAUAAAAAUAUAAAAUGGUGACAGGACGAAAUCCGAUCCCGAUCCCGAGCCCAAGCUGUGGGUUCGAUGAUGGCGAGUUCUGCUGCAGGCAGCAGCGUUCAGUUAGUUUAGUCAUGAGCUAAAUGGAGGAAAAAAUGAAUCGAAUUGUGAACACCCGUUCGAUAUUUUCCUUAUCGUCACUUCCGGUUUUCCCCGGUGGAGCUAAGCCGGAUGUUGAAAUGUUCAAUGGGUUGUGUGGGGUGGGUUUUGUGUCCCUUCCUGAAGAGUGAAGGUUGAAACGUGAAUUGCGGAUAGGGACCAGGAAGAGAAAAAAAUGUGUUUUGCAAGCUUGUUCGGGAUGGUUUAAAGAAGUGAGCAAAAAAAAGUGUAGUUGAAUGUUCUUCGUCUGUUCUAUACAAUUUUUAGCUAUUUUGCUGGUUUGCUUUUUUAUGGAUCAGAAAUGUGUCAACCAAGGAUUUCUUGUGUUCAGGAAAUGGGUUUUUGAAUAGGUAGCAAGAAAAAAAAGAGGGUUUAACAAAUGGUAAACGGAAUGGUUAGUGCUGUAGGGCUCGGGGCAUAAGUAUGACAACAUGAGAGAGUUCUUCCAUUGGCUGCCAAUUUUGCAAGGUACCUUUUGCCUCGCUCUACGAAUGAUUGAGCACACGUGUGUGCAGAAAUACAAAGGAAGUGAAGUUUGAAUUGACAGUCAAUUUUUUCUCUCGUCUCGAAGCUAGUUCAGUGAAUGGAAGGCAGCUAAAAGCUCAUCGAGAAAUUAUACGUUCUCCUACGAACGACGAAAGUAAACCAAGGCAGAAUCGUUGCUCGUUCAAUCCAUUGAAUCUAGUCGAAAAUGAAUUUGCAUAAGCUGAGCAAACGGCAUUCGAUACAUUCGAUGCAACCGCAGCAGCUUCCACUGCAGCAGCAACAACAAAUAGCACAAUCUAAUGCUUCCGGAAGUGGACCAACAACAACUUCGGGACGUACGCUUCCGGAAGAGCUUCGUGCUGCCUUGCUGGCAGCGGAAGGAAGCAUAGGAGGCACCGGAUCUGCCUCCAACGGUGCUGGUUCCAAGCAGCAGUCCCAGCAGCAGCCACGCAAAAAGGGGAAAUUUAAGCUCAAGGAACGUUCCUCCUCCUCGGUGCGGGAGCGCUUCGUCAACGAUCCGGCCUACACCGAGGACGUACGGCACCUGGCGCUACCGAUGCGCCGAAACAGCGGCCCCGACAAUGUACCCGGCGGUGUCGGUUCAUCAUCGGGAAGCCGGAAGUUCUACACCAUGCCCAAGAAGAAAUCCCACUCAGUCGGGAAGGAUUACUCCGGGGCGGGUGCCGGUGCCGGUGCCGGUGUUUCGAUUAUUUCCCAGCGGGAUCAGUUUUAUAGAUUGGAUGCCGAGCAGAUGCGGCGAGGGUUGAUGGGGGUUACUGGAGCAGGUGGACAAGAGGAUCAAUCUUAUUUGCAGGUGAAGGUACGCCGAAAGAAGUACAACUAUCACAAUAGUUCGGAGAUGUUGAGGUUCGGAGGGGAGGAAUCGAGUAGUUCCGGGGAUUUGAAGAAAGGUGGUGGUUCUGGCAGUGCGGAUCGUCGGGGAAGAAGUUUGGAUCGGAGAGGGGAUAAGUUGGAUUCGCGAUGGUUCGAGAAGGAAAGGAGAGAUGAGGGAGUUGGUGGAAUAGGACCGGAAGAAACUCGUGGAAGGAAUAGAAAUUUGAUGAAAAGGCAAAAUGCUGCCGAGGAUGGUUCUUCUGCUGCGGCGCAGCAAGCCAUGGAUGAGCUCGUGGAAGUUGAUGAGGCGUCAAAGGAUAGCAAGAGCAAAUUUCAGAUUGGAAAAAGGUUUUUGAAGGGGGAAAUCGGUAUAAAAAGUUUCAACUAUUAUUUGUUGAAGGAAGGUUUGAAAUCUUCCAAGAAGAAUUUGCUGAAGCAGAGAUCGGCACCGGUUGAGGCUGGGAGAGGAGCUGUUGGGCUGUCGAAGAGUGAGGAGAAUAUUUAUGAAGAGAUUUACUUCGAGGAAAAGACGGACGAUCCGAACGAUGAGAAGAUUCAGUUCAUUGACUGUGAGUUGUGUGUUCAACAAUGUGAUAACGAUAACUGCGAAGUUUGUCAUAGCAAUGUUUCGAAACAUACUUUGCAGCAGCAUCACAAUCAUCAUCAGCAGCACAUGCAUCAGGAACACAAACAGAACAUUUACGAAAAGUUGAAGAAUAAGCCGGGGCAGCAUCCGGGUGGGGGUGCUUCCGCAGUUGGUCCUCAGUAUAAGGCGGUCAAAUCGUUAGACAUGGAUGAGCUCAACAAUCUGUACUAUUCGUCGUCCUCAACGUAUGGAUCGGCUGGGGCCGGCAAUGUAUUACAGUAUCAAUCGUAUAAUCCCAAAAAUCCGAACGUUUUCAAAAUCGAAACGACACCGGUUGCGUUCAGUUGUGACUAUAAUCCAAUCCAGCAGAUCUACAAUAAACCACAGCAGCAGCAAUAUGGGGUCACUCUUCCUCCGGGGGCUCAGAUGAUGGCCUCCGUUUCCGGACCGCAGCAGCAGCAGCGUCAUAUUUAUCAACAACCCCAAAAGCUCGUUUCGUCUGGUUCGGACUAUUAUCAAGAAGUCAAUCGAAAAAAGUCAUCUUCAUCAUCGGACUCGCUGCAUGCCCGAAUGCAAAGGGAAUUGUAUCAGCAGGCCAAUCUCUAUUAUUACCAGAGGGAUGUCGAGGCUCAAAAGGCGGAUCCGGCAGCCCGGGAUCCAUCUCAGAACAUCUACAAAACAAGCUCCAAUGCGUCGAUUCUGAGUGCUGUGUCAGCCAAGAGUGAAAACUCUCUGAAGCACCCUCGCACCGGGAACAUGUCCGAUUCGUCCCUCGGUGACUCUCUGUUUUCCUACCCGGCCAAUCGACGGUACUUUGGCAGCUCCGAAAGCUGCCGGUUUGCCUCAGAAUGUCGCCGAUGCAGUCUGGAUGUGGACAAGUGCAGUUUUUCCGACACAUGCCGGUACGACUGCCGCAAUUGUGAUUGUUCGUCCAGCUAUUUCUCUUCCGAUUUCGACGAUACGGGAACCAGACGGAAAAUCAACUCCCUACGCCAAUCCACCGGGACAAAUGCGGACAAUUACUCGGUGCCCGCCUAUGCCGAAGACUUCAUGAAGCACGUCAGCAACGUAAAGCGCAAUCAACUAGGAGGCCAACAGCAACCGCAACAACAACCGAAACAGACAUCGAGUGGAAAAAUUUAUGAAACUCCCACCACCUACGCCGGGCUCUCGAAAAAGAUCCACGAACAUACCUACGAAACGCUGAAAUCAAACCCAUACGGAAUGACCGGAACCGUUUCUGGCCAUUCACUCAAGGCGCUGUACAAGUACGACGAGAAUACAAAACAAUCAAUCAGUCACAGUCACGAGCUAUUGCUUUCCCCAUCUCGCAGCAAAAUGCCGCUGGAAGGACGAAAUUCUCUUGGAACCACAAUAGGCGGCAGCCGAUAUGGUCCGCAAUCAUCUAACACCCUGCCGGCAUCCAUUAGGGCCAGAAGCACCGAAUUCAACCAGUCCCUUAUCCACACCGGAGGAACACUUCCGAAAACAUUCACCACCCCACUUCCGGAUCCUCCCCAACAGCAGCCUCGCACGACCCUAACCAAACUUAACCACGACUACGCGGAAAUAGCCGCCCUUCCGGCAAAACCGGCACAAACAGCCGUUCAAACUAAUCAACCAGUGGCCGCACCAUCCGCCGGUAAACGAACCAGCGUCAAAUACACGGCACCUCAACCCCCAAAACCAGCCUCCAACAACCCCUCUCAACGCCGUCAAGCACCACCCAUCCCCUCGAAUCCACCACUCAGCAGCUCAACCGAGCCCAAAUCAAUCAAUCAACCAGCCGCUGCAGCCGAGCAGCGGGAUAAAUCCCUUCCCCGCAAGGAACGAGCCGAGUUCGAGCGAAGCAAACGCGGCGCCGCUGCUGCCGUCGCCGCCACCAUUCAAGACGUCGGCCCACCGAAAACCGCUCCAAAUAACGGUGUCACAGCCAAAAACAAAACCCAACAACCGAUGCCAACGACCUCCCAACAGCAGCAAUCCAAGAUUAAAGAGUCCCGAAAAAAGUCGGUUCAAUCCCGACCACUUCCGGCUCCGCCGACGACGUCGGGACAAGUCGUUGCCCCACCUCAGAGCUCCCAACAACUUCGGCAGCAUCACCGACAACAGCAACAGCACCACAUCGGGGACGAUGCGGACGACGAGGAUGGGAACUUUACCGACGACGAGGACGAUGACGAAGUUUUCCUCAGCGAUAAGAAAUCGAGGAGGAAGCUGCCGCCGCCGAAUCCAUCUCCACGGGGAGAGCCCCAAUCCACGACCACCACCACGACGACGCCCAGCACCACAACCCCAACCGGUUCCGAGUGCACUCCAGCCAAAACGUUACCCACCAACAACCUGGCGGCGGUGGUCCCACCGUCAUCAUCGUCAUCAACGAUGGUGGCCGCGGCCUUGGGAGGCCCAUCCAAACAACAGCAAGUGCAAUCAAAACAAAGAGAGCAUCAACCCGAACCUGGGCUUGAAGCAGCUGAGAUAGCGAAGGCGGCGAACGAAAGCGAGAGUGUGCGCACGCCGGCUCCCCCAAACGAGAGCGACGUCGACGCCACCGCUACCGAUGAUGGGAGAGUGAGUUCCGGAGCUGGGCUCGUCGUCGGAGAUGGAUCACCGGUGGAGACAAUUGGGGAGCCGUCGACGAGGAUCAAAACAAAAUCACCGGAGGGAGCACUCAGUUCCGAUCUUGCCGUCGCAGGUGAAACAGCAUUAGCGUUGCUAGUUCCGUCGUCGUCGGGUUGUUCAGUGGCCAUCGCAGCAGCCACCGGUUCUUCCAGCUCGAACAGAUCCAACCCGGAACAACAACCGUUAUCAGUAAACAGUUCCCCAGCUAAAAGCGGGACAGCAGUUAAAGGGCCGACCACUGAAAGGCUCGAAGGCUCGGCAAGGGACCAGCACCAGCAAGAUCAGCCCUUGGAGCAGGGCGACGCUCCCACCGUCGUUGGCGACGCUGCCGGUGGCCAUGGAAGCGACACCGCCGCCGCCACCUCAACAGCCCAAACCGCGCCCAAGUUAAUUACCGCAAGCGAUGAAUGUGACAUUAUUGACUUUCCGCUGCCGGAAAUUCCCGUAAAGCAGGAUCCCACAUCGUCGGAUGCGAGUUUUAUCACCGCGACUGACAACGACACGACCGGAACGGAAGAAAAAGAAACCGGCGCUGGUGCAACAGCAACAACUAGGUCGUCGGCUAAACGGAAGGGAGGAGCAGGAGCAGGAGGAGGAGGACACUCGAGCAGCAGCGAGCAGCUGAAUCAGGAGCAAACGAUGCACUAUCGGCAGAGUAGCACCAAUAAUGAAAAACCGACCUAUUUGUUCGGGGAAAAUUUGAAAAAGAAUGAAAUUUUCCUGAAUAAAUCGGGCUGGGUACAGGUGAGCCAACCGCCCCCAUUCGGUGGCCCCGGGGGCGAGAGAAGUGUGAGAGCCAAGUCGCACCAGCCGGAACUGGUGGGAGGAGGAAAGGUAUCUAGAAAAUACCUGGAAUACGACGAGAAUCGGUAUGGCAAAGGAAGCAAGUUGGAAGAUUUGAUCAACCGCAACGAAGCUCGAAGACAUCAGGUGCAGAAGGUACAAAGACAGGACAAUGUAACGGUGCUAAAGAUAGAUCCCCAGCUGCCCGCGGGAGGUAGACCAGCCUGUUUACCGAUCAAACGAAACCUAGCGGACAAUUCUCCGCCUCCGGUGACCCCAAUCCUGUCACCACCUCCAGCUUUCCAAGACUCAAAAUACAAAACCCGCCUUAGUGAAAUCAAACCGGGUACCCGGAUAUUUCUGUCCGUUGUCGACAAUGAAAAUCGCAACCCUAAGGGGAUGGUAUUUUCGCGGAGUUUCGAAUACGACAAUCGUCGAUAUUCCGGCAGCGCAACGUCGGCCGCUCAAGGCCAAGCCCCCAAACAAUCCUACAUGGAGGCAUUCUCUAAGAGCUUCGAUUUCGAAACCAACCUUGCUACCCCGAUGCCUAAAACAACCGAUCAGCCUUUCGUUCGACGCAACAAAUCUCCCACGUUUUCGACCCUCACCGGAAUAUCUCCGAAUUAUCUGACCAAAAAGGAGAAAACCACCGGCAAUGCCCUUAUAACCAAGGACAACUCUCCAAUCUUCCCAAAAUCGAUUCCGGGCAGUAGUGUAACGAGUUCCGGGUACGAAUCGCUAAAACGCUUCGGUCCGGACAGUAAAAACAAAUCCCUCGACUCACAGUUAUCGGCAGGUGGAACUAGUUUGGUAACCGGAGUUACUGGCCAUCGAUCCCGGCGAUCGCAGUUUUCUACCAAGGCCAAUUCGACCCCGGGCCUCCCGACGUACGGCUAUCGGUCCGAUUCGGUUGGAGGCAAUGCCCGACUCAAUUCCUGUGAUAGUGGCGCUCGAUCAGACUACUCCAACGAUGGACUGGACGACGAAGAGGAGGAGCCCGAGCUGAGCGACGAUCAAUCGUCCUCGUUGGCGCUGAGCUACAAAUCAUCCACAUCCUACAUGAACCAAAUGAAGGGCAGGUCCCUGUUUGGCAGUUCUGGAUCCGGAAACACCCUGACGGCUCACAGCGCCCUCAAACCGCAACGAUCGCUAACUCCGGAACGUCUGUUCGACAACGACGAGUACGGUAGUAUGCGAAAUCUGAAGAAACAACGAUCCUUGACGCCGGAAAAGCAACGAUCACGAACUCCGGACGACCGGAGUAAACCUCGGAAGGGGGACAUGAACAGCUCCCAAUCAUCGCUGGUAUCCCGGCAGAGUUCCGGCUCCCGAAGCAGUACCUUGGAGCGGCGAUACGAGGAGGCGUACAACAUGCGAACUUCCAGCCGAAGUUCGUCCAGCUCCAGCUACAGUGGCGACGAAGCGCACGCCUAUCGAAGAAGUCAGAUACGAGCCGCCGGACUUCGCCUGGGGAACGUCGCCGGCGACUACAAGAUCCGAAGGUCCAGCUUUCAACAAUCUACCAAAUCCCUGCAGCUCUCAGAACGAUCACCUAGUCGACAGCAGAUGGUGCCUGGGGCCUUACUGCAGCAACAACAACAACAGCAACAACAGCAGCCGCAACAGCAACCUCACAAGGUUGUCGUGAGGUUGGGAAAUGUACCGAAGGAACGACCUCUGUACGCUGUUACAACCGGUGGCAGGAAGUUGCUGACCCACGAUUCGAUGAAAGGUGGUUUCAGGGUUUCGCCUAAUUCAACGCUGGAUCGAUUGAGAAGGGAGACGGCUAUGGCCCAUACGAUCGUCGAUGUGGACAAGAGCAAGUCGUUCGAUAAUAACAACUACGGGGUGUACGAGUACGACUUCGACAAGAGUAAGUCUUUCGAUGAAAACUUUGGACUCGAUGCCGAGAAGCGCGUGUAUGCAAGCACCGAGGGACGAUCGUACAGUCACGAUCGAGUGUUUAGCUCGACGGGGACUUCGUCGAGCAAUGAGUACAGUCAAUCGUCUACGUCGAGGAACAAGAGUCCGCAACAGAGUUAUGGAGCUAGGCUGUACGAGCAUGAUCUGCAGUUUGAGAUGGGACGAAACGCGCUAAGCAGAUCCCCGAUCAUGAACUAUGGGCAACGGAGACCGAUGUCGAGGGAACGAUCGCCUGUACCGGGAGCCAGCAAGCCAGCGCUGUUGGGAUCAUAUCAGAAGCCUUCGGAUCUGUACCUUAUGAGGAAUUUGACGCCGGAUUCGGAAUUUGACGAUCGAACGACGCCGGAUUUCUGCGAUGAGCCACCGAAGGCAGCGACUACAACGAGUUCGUUCAAAGAAGCCGAGCUUGUGAAGAAGUUCCUGUACGCUACCAAAAACAAACAGAUGCAAAGGGAAGCUAGAAAUGCGGUGGUACCUCCGGCUGGUACGCCAUCUUCUGGCAGUUGUUGUACCGCCAGUUCCUGUGACUUUUGGCCGCACUGUGGCCUGCAGACGCCCUCGAGCAGCCAUCAGUUGUCGUCCCUGGCGGUCGGCGGACACAACAAUCAGUUGAUCAAAUCGGGUAGUGAGAACUGUUUGAACAGGAGGAUUAGUGGCGGUGUUGUUGCCAAAGGGAGUGGUGGGGUUGGGAACGUGGGAACUGUGAUUGGCACCAGUAGUGCCGGCGGAUUGGUCCAGGUCAAGGCCAAUAGCUACGGUGGCGUCGGCCAUCAUCCGCUGAAGAAACAGAAGAACGUGGACAUUCACGAUAGGGACCUGCCGGCGGUUGUGGGUGGUGGGGGCUCCAAUAAUGGAGGGAUGCCCCGGUACUAUUACGGUGGUGGGGGCCAGCUCUCGACGGCCGCCAUUGUGAAGGCAAACUCGAUAACCUUUCUGGGAGACCAUGAGAUGCCCAUCACCCGGGAUCGUGGUGGCAUCGGGCAGCCCGGGGUGGUCCAACGACAAUCCUCGGACUCGGCAGCCCAGCAGCGAAGCAGCAACUAUGGUGCUAUUCCGGCUUCGGAACCGAAACACCGAAGGACCAGCCAUGGUUCUGCCAGCGGAGGCGGAAAUGGUGGCGGGGGAAGUAGCAACAGUAGCGUCAAAAGCAAUGGCAGCAGCUAUAGGAUGAACCGUAGUCCCAAUUCCGGCAGAGGUGGAAAUUUGCCGGGUGGGGCUUCGGAAAAAUCUAGCUCCGGGAGGGAGGGACGUGACCGGAAAACGAGCGGAAGUAGCAGCGGAGGAGGAAGUGGCAAACCAUCAUCAGUUUCGAGCGUCGUCGUCGUCGUCGGAAGCGGAAGUGGAGGUGCCGGAGGAUCCUCUUCUACAUCAGUUAUUCCUCCUUCGACUACGGCCAGGCUCGGUGGUUCCAUCAAGCGGAAGUACGAGAUGAAGCUAAAAAGCCGCUCGCUGCCAAAGUCCUUCAUGCGGUACAGCAAUCUCGAUUCCGAGGAUUUGGAGCUUACAGCCAUUUUUUCUGCAAACUCGCCCCUUCAGCUUCGAGCCGUCUCGAGUCCGGCGCUAACGGAACCCACCCCUCCACCGGUCCAAGAUCCUCCGCCGGUUCCGGUUCCGGUUCCGCUUCCGGGAUGCCGGCAGCUAGACAAUGAAGAUGCCCCGCAUUCACCGGAGGUAGAGGUGACAACAGCAGCCACCGUGGCGCCAUCUUCGCACGAACAUCAUUCGAAGGCUUCAACCCUGGGUCGGGUUGAAGCGGUUGCUGCUGCCGGUCAGGGUUGCAGCUACCCGCAGCAAGGUGAGUUUGGAUUGUUUUGUGAUGUAAUUUUCAUUUCUUAGGGCCAUUGUUGUCAUUUAUGUGGCUAGAUAUUAAGUAUGGUACACCGCGCCCCUGUAAUCGAAGAA